AUGACUGAGCAUCCAGAGAAUUUAACUUUAGAAACUAUUUUUGAUGAACUUAUCAGGACCAGAAUUGAUCUUAAAAACUCAAUCGAAGCAAGCGAAACGAGACUACAAUUAAAUUUUCAAUUCUGUAAAAAACAAUUAGAAGAGUUGGGAAAAGAAAACGCGCAUCUCAAAGCGAAAGUGGAGCAACUAGAGAUAGAAAACAAGAAAAAGAAUAUAAUAGUUUUUGGCUUGAAUAAAACUCCCAGUGAACGAGGCGUAUUAUACUUUUGUAAUAAAAUCAAACAACUGAUGAAUAUUGAUAUAGAGGAAAGAGACAUUAGUAAUAUCUAUUCAUUGGGUAACAUCCAACAAAAAACUGAAAAAACAGCCGUACAAAAACCAAGCAUUCAUUUAAUAAAUAAGAUCAAUCAAGACACAAAAGAAAAAAAUAACAGGGAAGAGAAAAAUAAUACUCCAGACUCGCCAAAGGAUAGACUGACUACUAGAGGUAACACGAAAGAAAUUAAACCUAAAGGAAGAACCAACUCUACAUCAACUACUGGUAAUAAAUAA